AUGCUCACAGGCCCAAUAAAAACAAAAGAAGGGCCCAAGUUUUUUUUUGAUAUUCCAGAUUUCCAGUGGUACGGUACGUAUCGGGCAAGAAAACUCUCCAUUCCUCUCCUUCAAAUACAACUCUCAAAACCUGUAAUCACCCUUUCGAUUUUUACUCCAUUUCUUCGUCAACCUUCAAUCAUGGUGCUCGAGGCUACGAUGAUCUGUAUCGAUAAUUCCGAAUGGAUGCGUAACGGGGAUUACUCACCCACUAGGUUUCAAGCCCAAGCCGACGCUGUUAAUCUGAUUUGUGGCGCUAAAACUCAGUCUAAUCCUGAAAAUACAGUGGGCGUAUUGACAAUGGCUGGCAAAGGCGUCCGUGUUCUUGUCACUCCUACUAGCGAUCUUGGCAAGAUCCUGGCUUGCAUGCAUGGUUUAGAAAUAGGUGGUGAGAUGAACUUAGCAGCUGGGAUCCAAAUUGCUCAGUUGGCUUUAAAGCAUCGCCAAAACAAAAAACAGCAACAAAGGAUAAUUGUGUUUGCUGGAGGUCCUGUCAAAUACGAUAAGAAAGUACUGGAGAUGAUCGGGAAGAAGUUAAAGAAGAACAGUGUAGCUCUUGAUGUUGUGAACUUUGCUGGAUCAAAUGCUCUUUCUGAUGUUCUUUUAAGUACUCCAAUCUUUACUGGUGAUGGAGAAGGUGGAAGUGGAUUUGCAGCAGCAGCUGCUGCAGCUGCAGCUGGUGGUGUAUCUGGUUAUGACUUUGGUGUUGACCCAAAUCUUGAUCCUGAGCUGGCACUUGCUCUUCGUGUUUCAAUGGAAGAAGAAAGAGCAAGGCAAGAAGCUGCUGCUAAAAAAGCUGCAGAUGAUUCUUCAAAGAAUGAGAAAGAAGGGGAGUCUACUUCACAAGAUGCAACUAUGUCUGAAAAUGUUGCUUCUGAAUCUGAGAAUAAAAAAGAUGAUUUAAUGGAUGAUGAGAAUGCAUUGCUGCAACAGGCUCUUGCCAUGUCAAUGGAUGAUCCAACAAGGGAUACUGACAUGUCAGAGGCAGCUGCUGAUGAUCAAGAUUUGGCACUUGCCCUACAAUUGUCUGUUGAAGAAGGUGCAAAAGAUGGAUCAGGGUCAGGGCAGGCAGAUAUGGGGAAGCUCUUGGCUGAUCAGUCAUUUGUCUCAUCUAUUCUUGCUUCGCUGCCAGGAGUCGACACCAAUGAUCCUUCAGUCAAGGAUUUGCUUGCUUCAAUGCAAAAUCAGCCUGAGUCUGAGCAGAAGAAAAAGGAGGAUAAAGCACCCAAGGAAGACGACAAGUGAUGUUAUUGUUGUUAUGUGCUCUUUUUUUAAGUAUAAUCCCUGGCAUGUACCACUCCUAAAAAACCUGAUUUUAUUUUAUAUUUGUAGGCAAUCCACUCCAUGAGUUAUAUAUUUCUUUUGUAUUUGUGGGUGUAGAGGUUACAAAUUAUGGUGCCAUUUGUUUAAUGAAUGAUAAUUGGAUGGAUAGACUUGUUGAUUACAC